AUGGCAGACUCCUACAUACGUGGCUCCUGCAUUUUGGACUCCUUUGGCCAAGGACUCCAUCUGACUGGGAUCUCGAACCUUACAGUGGACAGUAAUAUUUUCUGUAACAUUUCAGGCCAUGGGAUUCUUCUGGGAGAGGGACCGGAAAAGGGGAACACAGUUAGUAACAAUUUAGUGAUUGGCCUUUCUGGAACAGACGGUUUAUCCAGCAUUGAAACACUGUCACCAGCAGGGAUAUACAUCAGGGCUCCUGCCAACCACAUAGAGGGGAACAUGGUGUGUGCUGCUGGGUAUGGGUAUCUGUUUCAUCUUGACCCUGAGGGACCAUCCAGGAUACCUCUGCUCUCCUUUAGUGAGAACGUAGCCCAUUCCUGCACAAGGAGUGGUUUACUGGUAUAUCCAGAAUAUUUGCCAGCAAGCCUGGGCAGCCCUGUGCGGAUGCACGGCUUCACGGCUUGGAGCAAUCAAGGUGGAGCCCAGAUUUUUAGCAGCAGCAACCUUGAACUCCAGAGUUUCCAGAUUUUUGCUUGCAAAGACUUCGGCAUUGACAUAAUAGAAAGCCUGGGAAACACUUCUGUAGCUAACAGCUUUUUAAUUGGACACUUUGGGCAAAAGGACAGGACCUGUAUGUCAGCAGGACUAAAAACUCCCAAAAGAUACCAGCUGUUCAUCUCCAACACAACUUUUGGAAACUUUGAUGUAAGCACUUGUGCAGCAAUCAGGACCUGUUCUGGCUGUUACCAAGGGCAGGGUGGGUUCACAGUAAGCACCGAACAGUUGACUUUCACCAACGCGCCUUACCAAGUGUCCUUCCCCUUUCCGCACGCCGCUGUCCUUGAGGAUCUUGAUGGCUCUGUGACAGGGCAUGAAGGAAGUUGUCUCCUCCCUUCCACGGCCAUCAUUGAGACGUCUUGUCCAGCCAGUGCCAACCUCAGUCAAGCUUCCAGGGGCAGCGUAUGUAAGAGGGACCUUGUCAUUCACCGUAUGUCUAUAUAUUUAAAAGAGGCUCCAGACACGCCUUAUAAUUUAACAGUGGCUGACAGUAGGAAUAAGACAACCACAGUCAAUUACGUCCCUGAUACUUUAUCAAAUCUGUAUGGCUGGGUGGUUCUUCUCUUGGAUAAAGAGACUUAUGCUCUGACAUUUGACAAUCCUUUGGUCAGCAAGCAGCUUCAGUAUUCAGCGACAUUUAGCAACUUCGUGACGGGGAACUACCUUCUGGUGGAACACAAGAAUCUUUCUACCUAUACUGAGGUCAUGGUAUCCUGUGGAAUAAGGACUGGACGACCUCUCCAAUCGCUCCCUUCCUAUGGUCAUCAUCAGAGUUGUGACUGGUAUCUCAAUACCAGAUUGAGGAAGUUAACCUAUUUGGUCACAGGAGCUGACUUAAUUCAGGUUACACUGAAAGAGAGAAUGCCGUUACCUAUAUCAGUUCCUUCUGAUGCUGUCCUGAAAUGGUCACAUCCGGAGACGUGGAAUGACGUGGGAAAAGGCUGGGGUGGAUCCAACAGCAGCAUCCCUGGCGCGGGGGAAGAUGUCAUCAUCUUACCUAACCGAACCAUCCUGGUGGACACGGCGCUUCCCCCUCUGAGGGGUCUCUACAUCCUGGGGACCCUGGAGUUCCCCAGCAACUCCAGCAAUGUCCUGAGCGCCGCCUGCAUCGUGGUGAUGGGGGGCACACUGAAAGUGGGUUCUUUUCAGCAUCCUCUAGAAAGAAGUUUAAAGCUACUGAUCCUUCUUCGAGCAUCUGACAGAAUUUACUGUGAUCGUCUGGAGGGAAUAAAUAUCCACGCAGGAAGUAUUG